AUGGAUAUCGAACUGCGUUCUGAUAUUGAUGAGCCUCAAGAAGGCGCAACGAUAGCGCAAUUCAUUAACAUCUUGAACCGGAAGCAGACCAACUGGUUCGACCGUUUUUGUUUCGAACGCAAUACCCUCCACGUCAACCCCAAGGUCAACGACAAUGGCAGAACCAGCAACUUCAAAAAGGCAUUGCCAGCCCCGGCACCUCCGAAACGUCUAGCAAUCACCGAGGAGAAACGGCAAGCCCAAUUUCCAGGUUUGGAAUCUGUCUGCUUCAAUGAUUUCGUUAAUAUGAUCGGCUUCGUCUAA